AUGCUCCAAGGUUCACCUGCUGCAGGGUUUACCUGGGAGGAGGAGCUCUACGAGGGAGAGGGAGGCUUUUUCACUGCUAGACUGACAUGGCUUACUGAAUACUUUAUAAUGCAGUGGAAAAUAUCUUUGCUUUUUAGUGCAGUGUGGUUAUCUUUGCUCUGCUUUGCUCCGGUUUGUAACUCUACUGAGAAACGCUCAAAGCGUAGACAUGACAGUCAGAUCUAUCAGAAGACACACAGCACCAACAAGUUCUGUGAUCCUGCCUUCAGCAAGCACACAGCAGGCGCCAUCACUCAGAAGUGCAGCUCUGGCUUCUUCAGAGAGAGGGCGGGACUAUACAGGGGUCAGUGUGUGCCAUGCCGCUGCAAUGGACUCUCCAAGAAGUGCGAUGAGCAAACAGGGAACUGUGUGAACUGCCAGUUUGACACCACUGGGGACCACUGUGAGCACUGUAAAGAGGGUUUCUAUGGAGACGCAGCCAACAGGACCUGUCGUGCCUGUCCAUGCCCCUUCAUAUGGAACAAUUUUGCGCUGGCCUGCCUGGACAUUGGCUCAGGAGAGAUGGAUUGCGUAUGCAGACAUGGUUACAGUGGAGACAGAUGUGAGAGAUGUGCGUUUGGAUACUUUGGCAACCCAAUGGUGCAUGGAAGCAGCUGCAAGCCCUGCAAUUGCAAGGGCAGCUUGAACAUCUGUGAUUCUCUGACUGGAGAGUGCAUCGCAUCUGAUAACAGCAGCAGCGGCGCUCACUGCCAUGAAUGUGACAGCUGUAAUGUCUCCUUACUGUUGGACUUGGAGACGUUGGAUGAUGUCCUGGCUCUGAUGAAGCAGCAGCUGCAGAACGUCACCGAUGGCCCCGCUUCAAUUUCCUGGCCGAACGACCUGCAGGACAACAUCUCUGAAACAGAGAUACAGUGGAUGCAGGUUUCAGUUAAUCUGGUUUGGACGUACAGCACUGCUGUGAGACACCUGGUUGAACAGCUGGAAGCAGAUGUGGAUAGUGUCGGAGACAAAUUGAGUCAACUGACUGACAAGAAACUAAAAGCCGUAUCAGAUCUGGAGAAGGUUGUGCAGAAUGUGAAUGAAACAAAGUUGAAGGCAGAGGAUCUUCUCGCAGCAAUACAAGAUUUAUUAAAGCAGCAAACUGAUGUGAAACCCAGAGAGGCUGCUACUCUCUCUGAAAACAGCAAAGCCAGGAUGAUGGAAGAGGCUCAGCGCAUCAUGCAGGAAAUGAGAGACAAAGGCUGCACUGCUCAGAGAGACAGAGAUGGCAGAGAACAGGAGGACGUGCACAAAUUGUCAGCCACAGACCAGGCUGCAUUAAAUCUGACUGCAGAGUCUCUGAUGGUCUCAGACUCUGCUCUGAGGGAGAUGGCUGAGCUGCUGUCAGAUGCUGAGGACAGAGUGCACACGACACAGGCCCUCAACAGGAGGGGUCGUAAUGCCGUAAAACAUCUGGAGCAUCUUCAAUCUCAGCUGGGGACAGAACAAAGGAGUCUCCGUCCUGUGACAGAAAUAACUAAAGAUUUGCUAAAGAAUAUAACCAACAUAUUUGUAAUGCUUGAGGAAACCAAGAAAGAAUUUGAAAACCAUGCAGCUGAAGUAGAUGGCGCCAAGUGGAAACUCUUUCAAAAGUUAAAAAACAUUUUCCAAAUGAAAGCCACGAUGGGCAGUGUUACUAAGGCUGAGGAGCACGCAGAGGAGCUCAGCAGAGUGGCAGCAGAGUUUCUACCAUUGCUUCAUAAUGCUAGUACCAUCAGUGAUGACCUGCUCAGUGAACUGGGUAUAGGAGCUUAUAACCGCAUCAUAAAUGCCAAAGACAAUGCAGAGAUGGCAGCAAGUCAGAGCAGAGAGGUGGCUGAACGUGCACUAAAGGAUGCAAAGGAGGCAGGUCUUGUCAACAUGGCCAAAGGACUCAAAGAUAAAUCAACACAUUUGUGGACAGAAGCCAACGAGACACUUAAAAUGCAGUCCCAGACAAUGAACAUUCUUAAAGAUGGCAUGAAGAAGAAGAUGGAAAAAGGAGAAUCACUGCGAAUGGGCAUCUCUACAGUCAGUGACAACCUCAAAAAUAUCAGAAAAGACGACACAGGCAUCUCCAUAGAGUCUGCAAAAAACGCUGCGUCUGCCUCUAACUCCACAGUCAGUAAAAUAACACAGAGACUCAGGAACAUCAGCCAGGAAGUGCAGAAACUAACUUUGACCAAUGUCAGUGUGAAUAUUGACGAUAUUUUGGUUGAUUCAGACCAGACAUUGAAGAACUUGAACACAGCCCUCCCUGUGUUAAAGGACAAAAUCACAGAUGUUGAGGCUCUCAGCGGGAAGAGGCUUCCUGGUGCCAACAUGACAGAAAGCAUCAGGAGAAUCAAGGAUGUUAUAAAGGAGACAAGACACUUUCUUCACAGGGCUCCUGCAGGCAGCCAGUGUAAACAUCGGCAAGCACAACAUGCAGAGUACCAUCUCUAUGAGAAGCACAGCUGGCUCAGUUACAUCCUGCCACAACAGGACCUCAAUCACAGGCCUCAUUUCUCUCUUGACGUAAAGACGAAGCUGUCCAAAGGGCUGAUUCUCCAUGCAGCAGGGAGAGGAGUCAUCCCCCUGCUGGCUCUUUACAUGGCCAAUGGCAAGAUCAAGAUGUCCCUCGGGCAAAACAGAAUCAUCCAGCACAAGCAGAAGAGCAGCGACGGGGACUGGCACAGAGUGGAGUUCAGUGUGGAGAAGAGCUCUUUUCAUCUGCUUGUCGAUGGGAUCCGUGUGACUGAUGGACACCUGCCAAACAAUGAAGGAUCGUCUUUAGACUUUCACAACCCUGUGUAUCUGGGAGGGGAUAUCAAGGGAUAUACAAAGGGACACAACAUUACCAUAAACAGUGUUAUCGGUUGUAUACGGGAUUUCAAAAUGAAUGACGUAGCUAUCGGUGAGCCUAAAGGAAGCUACAAAACUCUACCCUGCUUGGAUGGGCUCACAGAGAUGGGGACAUACUUUGGUGGUGGUCAUAUCGCCUUUGAGAAUUACUUCAACGCUGGCUCUCAGUUUGUGUUGGCUUUUGAGCUGCGGCCUCAAUAUCUGACAGGUCUCCUCUUCCACGUUCAAAGUCACAAGACCAGCCUAAAUGUCUUCUUAAAGGAAAACAAGGUGGGUGUAAAGUUAAAUGAUGCUAACAGUGCUGUCAGUGUCUCAGUGACUCCUCCACAAAGCCUCUGUGAUGGAAAGUUUCACGUGAUAACAGUGUCCAGGAAACGUGACAUUAUCAAACUGCAGAUGGACUCCAUGUCUGAGCAGAAGAAUGUCUUCUUCACAUCCGGCUACACAGGACUGGAUACAUUUUACAUCGGAGGGACCACAAAGCAGAAGGGAGUCCCCGUACCCUCACCGUUUGUGGGCUGCUUACGAAAUGUGAAGCUGAAUAGAAGACCUGUAGCAUUUGAGAAGGGAUCCAGGGUGGUUGACCCUGUCAGCAUUAAUAGAUGUCCUAAAGAAUAA